CAAAAAUAAGUUUUUAUUUUUUUUUGUCAUUCCUUUCCAUUAUCAGACAAAGAUGAAUUGAAGAGAGGAAGAAACGAAACCCUGGGUUUGGAACAUUGAUGUCUCUCCACCGCCAUGUUUGCAGAACCUCAAAGCUAUCAAAGAUCCCUUGGAAGUACAAGCAGUUCGCCAUAGCACAGGGGCAGAAGACUGUUACUGAUUAUCUCCACGCCACGCGCUGCAUUCCUUACGCCUUCGCUGAUCAAAUCUCCAAGAACUCCAACACUGCCCUCAUCAAUCUCAUCACCAAGCUCAGUGCUUUCUCCCCUCCCCACUAUCCCCACAACCUCAACAAGUUCCUCAGGUACAACCCCAUCAACGAAUUUGAGUUCUUCUUUGAGAGCAUUGGCAUCCACCCUUCAAAGUUCCCCUCUUUGUUUCCCCAGAACAAGUUCUUCUUUUCAGAAGAUGAGACCCUUUUGGACGCUGCUUGUGUUCUCAGCGAAUUUGGGUUUCCCUGGGACAAGCUUGGGGUGCUGUAUGUGGAGAGUGGGUGGGUGUUCAAGUGGGCUGCUUCGGAGUUGAAGGACAGGCUCUGUGAGUUCAAAAGGUAUGGUUUUUGCAAUGUGCAGGUUGUGGGGAUAUGCUUGGCUUUCCCCUUUGUGUUUGAUGGCCAAAAGGGUGCUGAGGUUGAGGCUUUGUUUUGUGAUCUGAGGUUACUGUUUGGGAAGUUUGGUUUGGCUGGGUGUGUUGAAGAGAAGGGGAAUGGUGUGGAUGAUUGGAUUGGGUUGUGUAGGAAGAUAAGGUUGUUUUAUGAUUUGAAUGGAGGGAAGAAGAACAUAGGGGAGUUAAUUGGAGGGAACAAUGGCGUUGGUGUAGGUGUUGUUGUUGAGCAUGGGGAAGAGGAGUUGGUUCAAGUAAUUGAGUAUUUUUGUAGGUUUGGUGCGAAGAAAGAGGACGUGGCACGAUUGAUUGUGAAUGGACCGGAAUUGUUGGAGCUUGUUUUGAAGAUGAGGAUGGUCAAUGUGUUGAAGCUGUUGAAACACUUUGGAAUGAGUUCCAAUGAAGUUGAUAUUUUUAGGAAGGACUAUGCUCAUGUGUUGGGGACAGUCAAGCUGUGUAACCUGCCAAAUGUGAUGAGAGCUUUGGGUUUACAUGAGUGGUUCUUUGAGAAGAUUAAGGAUGGGAAUCAUAGUUUGUUGGUUAGUUUUGUCGCCAAAAAUCCCAAGGUGGUCCGAGAUAAAGGUUAUCGAAGUUUUUUGAAGGGUAUUGAGGUGUCUAGAACUCCAACUCACAGUAUGAGUAAGUUGAACUUCUUGCAUGGCAUUGGCUUUGGAGAAAAUGCUUUGACCAUGUAUAUUUUCUCUUAUAUGCACGGAACAAGUGAUGAGUUACAAAAAAGAUUUGAUUGCCUUCUACACCUUGGGAUUGAGUUUUCAAAGGUCUGUAAAAUGAUCACGGUUCAUCCAAAGAUUCUUAGCCAAAACCCUGAAAGUUUGGAGCAAAAGAUUAAUUUCUUGUGUCAAGAAAUGGGACAGUCACUUGAGAAUUUGGUCACUUUUCCAUCAUUCUUGUGCUUUGACUUAGAGAAUCGCAUUAAGCCUAGGUAUAGAUUCCAUUUGUGGAUUAUAGAAAAGGGUCUAUCUUCCAAAAUAUAUUCUAUUGCAAGCAUGGUUGCAACAAGCAACAAGAAUUUUGUUUCCCGUGCUUUUAAAAUCCACCCUGCUGCUCCAAAACAUUGGUUUGAGCAAUUUUAUCCCUGAAAUUUGCCUAUGUGAUGACUAUGACUUUUUUUAACAAUUGUCUUUGAAACUCCAGCAUUAUUCCAAAUGACGUUGUACAGAUUCUUGAACUUUGUUACUUCCUAUGUUUUGGUCUGGAGUUGAAGACAGACCAUUCAAUGUUGUUGGAGAACUUGUUGUGGCAGAGGUUUAUCUGCUUCGCAAUGGUAGUGAGAAAUUAAGAAUGACCUGCAAGUUUCUUAUCAUGGUUUCUUCAUUUCCGAUGACCUCAUCUCUGUUCUGAUUUCUGAGAUAAAUCACAAAUUCUGUGAACAGUUAUUUAUGCUUCUUCUAGGUGAUUAUAUCAUAGUGAGUCCAAGGAACUGAGAACCAACCCAUCCUUCAUCAGGGAGGGCCAAAAAAGUUACCUUCUAAAGUAUGUAACACCUGGUAAGACAGACCAGAAAAUCAAUAAAACCCUUUGUGGAAGACCAUCUCAUCAUUCCUGAAAAUUUUCAUGUUACCACAUUUUAAAGAUACCAGAGUGAGUGGCAGGGGCUAAGAAAUCACAUGAUGGAAAGUAACAUAAAGUGCAAUUCCAAGCACUGUUGCAUGUUAUACUAUAGCAAUCUUGGUCUUCAUUUGUGGCAGAAAAAAAUUGGAAGAUUGUUCAAAUGAAUGCAAGUCUAUGUAAGCCAUUCUGUUUCUGCAUGAAUGCUCCUGGGACCAUUACUAGCUCUUCUAUUGUUUUGAUGGGUCUUGUUUAGUUUUUUAUGUAGCAGGCAUCUUUGUGUAUUAGCUUUCAUAUGAGAGUUCUGUAAAAGUUUCAUAUUACUAAAAUUUUACUCAUGUCAUGCUGGUAA